AUGCAAUUCCGACUGGCUCUCUAUGACGUGCUCUCAGCGCUACACACGGCGCGCCUACCCGCCCACCUGCCUGCCUGUGCGCUCAAGAUCCAGCUCGCCCAAUCCGCCCUGCACAAACUCAAGACCUCCCCUCCCCCGCCCGCCCCCGCUGCUGAGGAAGAGGGAGGAGUGGGGGAAGAGAAAGGAGAGGGGGGAGAGGAGGGACAGGGGGAGCGUGCGGAGGGAGGGAGUGGGGGGAAGCAGACAGCAUCAGGGAGGGUGGCGCCGGGAAUGUGUCCUGCCAUCAACACCCACCUGCUUCCGCCCACGCCUCCCCGUCCCACACACCUGCUGACGUGGCACGAGGCAUUGGACCAUUUCUCUCGUCUGCUAACCCACCUCGCCUUCAUCUCCCAUCUGCCAUCCGCCUCGCCUCCCAGUCUUCUGGAGCUCUCUCGCUUCAUUGCCCACUUCCGCGCCCUCAACCCCGGACCCGUCGCCCGCGCUGCACUGCAGCUGCUGCUGCUGCGAGACGGGCUCAUUCUCGGCCACGACCCCACAGACGUAGUCAUGCACUCGCUGCAUCUACCGCUCACGCUGCUGCCACCCGCAGGUGGAGCUGGCGGUGGUGGCGAUGGUGGUGGUGCAGGCACCAGUGCGGCUUUAGGGAAAUUCGUCAAGAAGGCGUCACAUGCAGUGCAGGCGGUGUUGAGGGCGCAGUGCAGCAACGGGGCGAGGGAGAGGCGCAUGCUGGCCAAGCUGCUGCCCGACUGGAACCACCUGCUCUCGCUCGCUGGCGACGUGGAUGCAUGCGAAACCGUGGAGCGCUACACCACCGCCAAUUUCGCUCAGGGGUGGUGGAGGGAGAGUGUGGCAACCAGCUGGGUGGUGGAAUACACGUGUCGCAUCGUCAUUCGCUAUCUGCAGCUCGGCUUCUCCACGCGCCUCUACGCGCCCUCUGAGUUCCUCUCUGCCUUCUGGUACCUGGACAGUGUGCUGGCCACGCUCAUCCACAACGUGUCUGCUCGGGAAGCUUCCUUGCAGAAGCCUUUCACAGCCCCAUCCUCCCGCAAGGCUCGUCGCAAGCCGGCAGCAGCCCAGCCCUCCUCGCCCCCACCGCCCUCGCUUGAUCUGGCGCUGCUCUCCGCUUAUCAGCUGCUCUGCAAGGCCUACGUGCGGCUACUCGCUGCGUUUGUUCUGGACGGCAAGCUGACCCAGCGGCCCUCUCCCUUCAACACCGAUCGCCAGCGCUACCAGCAGCGCUACGCGGUGCUCAAGAGGGUGCAGCUACCCGAGCCGCUCUCCUACGCCGCCUUCCAGCGCGCCGUCUCCCCUGCCGGCCUCUCUGUACCAGAGCUCUACCAGAUGUCGCUCGAUUUCUUCCGCACCACUGCCACCAACCUCCCCACCAUCCAAGCACUCGCAGCUGCAGCCGCACCUGCUGGCACCGUGGGAGCGAGUGAGGCAGUGGAGGGGGAGGUGCAGCAGCUGGAGCGCGUGUGUGCCAGCAACGCCACGGCGCUGUUUGUAGCGCACAGGGCUGGCGCAGGGUCGGUGCUGAAAGCCUCGUUUGAGUUCACCGCACACCCUUCUUUCCUGUAG